AUGGACAAAAGUUGGAUGAAUGACCCCGAUAGGCUUGUAUCACCUGCAUACGCCGAAGGCGUUAAAUAUUUCCUCACACAAGCACGAAACCAUGCAAGUGGAAGGGAUCGCAUCCGGUGUCCAUGUCGUGCAUGCCUUAACAAUCUGUGGCUGCCUAUAUUUGAGGUAGAAACUCAUUUGUUUAUGAAAGGGAUCAACCCAAAUUACACGCAGUGGAUAUUUCAUGGGGAGGAGGAUACAACAUGGAACAUGAGUGAUGAAGAUAUUGAUGAUGAUAUCAACCAAGAAGACGAUUACAUAGAUGACAUACAGGAUAUGUUGGAUGACAUCCGGGCAGGCACCUUCGAUGAUGCGCCCCAAGAUAGCACUCCUGCGGCAAACAGGCCACUAGAGACGGUAGAUUCACCAUCUUUCCAGCAACUACUAGAGGAUGCCCGACGUCCGUUAUUUGAUGGGUGUACAAAAUUUUCAAAACUGUCAUUCGUGGUCAAGUUGUUACACAUCAAAUCAAUCGGUGGGUGGUCAAUUAAGUCAUUUGACAUUCUACUUGAUUUGUUGAGGUCUGCCUUUCCUGAUGCCCUAUUGCCACAAUCAUAUGAGGAGUCAAGGUCUUUGGAGCGCGGUUUGGGCUUCAAAUACCACAAAAUCCAUGCGUGCCCCAACGACUGCAUCUUAUUUUGGAAGGAAAAUGCAGCUCUUAAUGAAUGCCCUGUAUGUAAGGCUUCGAGGUGGAUACCAAAUACACACGGACAGCGCGCGGUACCUCAAAAAGUGUUGCGUCACUUUCCUUUGAAACCGAGAUUGCAGCGUCUCUUCAUGUCUGCAAAGAUAGCAGGUGAUAUGCGAUGGCACAAAGAGCAACAGACGAAAGAAGAUAGUUGUAUGAGACAUCCGGCCGACUCUGAGUGCUGGAAGAAAUUUGAUGAAGAUCAUGGCUGGUUCGCUUCAGAUCCUCGCAAUGUUAGGCUCGGUCUGGCAAGUGAUGGCUUCACUCCAUUCAACAACUUGGCUAAACCUCAUAGCAUUUGGCCAGUGAUCCUUGUCCCCUAUAACUUGCCGCCGUGGUCAUGCAUGAAAGACCAAUUCUUCAUAACAUCUCUGAUUAUUCCUGGCCCAAGGUCACCAGGGAAUGAGAUUGAUGUAUACUUGCAGCCGUUGAUCGAUGAACUGCUUGAAUUUUGGAUAGAUGGGGUACCUACAUAUGAUGCCUCAACUAAGGAGACGUUUAUGUUGCAUGCUGCCUUAUUGUGGACAAUCAACGAUUUUCCUGCCUACGGGAAUCUGUCUGGCUGGUCAACAAAGGGAAAAUUGGCUUGUCCGUCUUGCAAUGCAGACACAGACUCUAAUUGGUUGAAAUAUGGCCGAAAAUAUUGUUACAUGGGACAUCGUCGUUUCUUACCCCCAGAUCACAUAUGGAGAAGGAGGAAAUGGUUGUUCAACGGUAGAGAAGAUCAUCGCAUGCCACCAAGGGAAUUUGGUCCUGAAGAGAUUCAAAAUCAAUUGCAGAUGAUUGGGGAUGUUCAGUUUGGCAAAUCUCAUAGGAAGAAAAAACACACUGCUGAAGAGCUGAACUGGACAAAGUGUAGCAUAUUCUUCGUGUUACCUUAUUGGUCAACAGUUCGACUUCGGCAUAAUUUAGAUGUUAUGCAUAUUGAGAAGAAUAUUGCCGACAACAUCUUAUUCACUUUAAUGAACAGUCCAGGGAAAAGUAAGGAUAACAUCAAUUCAAGGCGUGACUUAGAGCUUUUGGGCUAUAGAAAAGAAUUACACUUGAUAUGGCAUGAUGGGUUCGCUUCCAAUAUCUCGAACUGUGUAUCUCGACGUGACUGCAAAAUCUCAGGGUUGAAAAGCCAUGACUGUCACGUUUUCCUUCAAAGACUACUCCCUAUUGCUGCUGGGGGGUAUUUAAGAAGUGACAUUGGCUUGGCUUUGACUGAACUUGGUACUUUCUUCAAAGAGUUGUGCGCUCGAACACUCGAUGUCAACCGCCUGGCCCAACUCCAAACUGAUGUUGUCACCAUUCUAUGCAAACUGGAGAUGAUAUUCCUUCCUUCCUUUUUCGAUGUUAUGCGGUAUGUUAAGAAUAAAGCCCGCCCAGAAGGUUCAAUAGCCGAGGCUUACAUUCACACCGAAUGCUUGACAUUCUGCUCCAUGUAUCUCAAAGAUAUUGAGACGAGGUUUAGCCGACCGGACCGCAACAUUGAUGCUGACGAAGAGGAAACGUUAGAUGGGUUCAAAAUUUUCAACCAGAAAGUUCGUCCCUUGGGUAUGCCUUCGAACGUGCAAUUAGAGGAUAAACUAUUUAGGGCAGCCAUCUGGGAACACUACGAGAAAUGUAAGGUUCAACACCCAGAUUGCAUCGAGCGCACGCACCAAACUGAGUUCCCAACUUGGUUUAAGCAACGUAUCCAGGAACAUCGUACCUCGUAUACACUUGAUGUGUCCGCCGAUCUAUACGCGUUAGCUUGCGGGCCUGACCGUUGGGUUGCAACAUAUGCUGCUUGCAUAAUACAUGGAAAAAGGUUUCAUACGAAACAGCGUGAACUUCGCCGUCGUACACAAAAUUCUGGAGUGGUGGUAACUGGUGAUGAGGCCACAAAUAAUUUGGACUUCUAUGGAGUUAUUAAUAAUAUUGUAGAGUUACGCUACAUGGAGUGGCGUCGGGUGUACCUGUUUGAAUGCGAUUGGUUUGAUGUUGGUGAUCGAAAACGAGGGGUGCGGGUCGAUGACCAUAUGAUUAGUGUCAACAUGAACAGGACUUGGUAUAAGGAUGAACCAUUCGUGUUGGCGAGUCAGGCUGAUCAAUGUUUCUACAUAAGAGAUUUAAGGGCGAAAGGGAAUUGGGGUGUUAUGCAGAGCUAUGCAAAUAGGAAUGUAUACAACAUUCCGCCACGGCCGAGAGUUCUUGAAGUACUUGAUGGGGAAUCAAGUACUCCUGAUGCCGAUCAAGAAGAUGAGCCAUCAUAUUAUUAUGAACCAGUGCAGUGUGAUAACACAGAUCAAGUGGCAACUCAACUGAAUAGGCCUGAUAUACUACCUAGCCAUGUAGAUGCACGAGAAAUCAUGGAUCCGGUUGGUCAAUGCAUAGAUUCAACAGGCUUUAUUAAUGAUAACAUGAUCACUUCUGAGUCUGGAAAUGCGGCCAGUGAGGGGGAAUAUUCAGAUGAAGAGGACCUAUCAACAAAUGAGGGGGAACAUUCAGAUGAGGAUGGGCACACAACAUCUGAUGAGUUACGUUCAAUAUUGGGAGGCUGUGUGAACUGGGAUGCACUAUGCCGUAUCAAGGUAAUCAGCCGGGACCCAGUUCAAGAGGUGGAGGCAGACUUCGAGGUCUUCGAGGUGGAAGGCGUUAUAUCCCAUACUCAGGUCGUCAUUGUCGACCACGCGGUGCGAAAUUAUCUUCACAUCAUAGCACGGAGGAGUCUGCAGAUGCCCCAAUGGAGACCGAAGGAACGCAAGAACAAAGGAGACGAACUCGUGGGCCAUCUAGAUGCAUUUUCUUUGACAAGCUAA